UAAGGAAAGCAAAACAUGCAAGUUGGAUGCCUACAGUUAGGCAGACAGUACACGGGGUGAAGGAAAUCAAUCUAGCCGAUCCAAAAAAUACCAUGUCUGGGAUGUUGGAUUCAAUUGUUAUCAACUAAAUCUACCACAGAAGACAAGAUUAUGGAAAGAUAACAAGACAAACCAGCAUACUCAAAUGGUGCUACACAUUUUGGCAUCAUGUCGAGCUCAACUAAUGUAACAAGCCUGUGUGAUUCAGCAGACAGGUUAUGCAUAAUUAAGGUGUAUCAACAGGAAAUCAUAGUGAUUCCAGUGCUACUCCUGGUGGCAUUCCUCUGUGUAAUGAUACUUUUAUGUUGUCUGAGGCUCUUCAAUGACCAGGAGAUGAUACAAUAUAAUUCACAUAGACAACACCACAGUAACAAGAAGCAGCACCUGCAAGGCAUCGAUGCACCUCAGAGCUGAACCCCUUGGAGUAUGAAGCUGUGCCUAUGACAGUCCAAACACAGAAAAACGUGGCCAGCAGACAGCUUGCAGAACCACAGUUGGCCACUGAGCGGCAGCAUUGUUCUUUUGAGCAAAUCGCCCCACUGCCCCAGUCUUUCACAAUAAAACCAGAUAAGACAGUCACACUCUACCAGGCCAGUCUAGACCAGAAGCCAGUGGUCUUACGGGUGCUCAAUGAAUCAGCCGAUUCCAGGGAACGCCAGGUCUUCCUGAGCUUUGCCCACUUCCUUUCAGAACUAGAGCCACAUCCCUGCUUACCCAGACUACUAGGUGUAAUAAAGGACAAGACACCCCUAAUUAUAAUAUUAGAGGGCUUGGAGAACAACGAUCUUCUAGGAUUCUUAUGGAGAUGCAGAAAGGGUCCCACAGGUCUGGAGGCACCAUGUGCUAUUACCGAAAAACUGCUCUGCUCAAUGGCAAGACAAAUCGCCUCCGCUCUGGAACAUCUACACAGUAAAAAAUGUACUCAUGGAAACAUUGGUGCACGAAGUGUCUUGGUUGAUCGAGACCUUUCUGUAAAGCUCUGGGGCUUUGGCCCGGCUUUUCGUAGGAGAAUGAAAAUGGGGACUUCAGGGGAUUUGACAGAACUAGAGAUGAGAAAGUGGCAAGCUCCAGAGGUGUUAGCCUAUCGACCUGUCAGUGAAAGCAGUGAUGUAUGGUCCUUUGGUGUCUUGCUGUAUGAAAUGGUAACAUUAGGAGAACCUCCCUUUCCUAAAGUAAAGGCCAGUGAACUCCUGCAGUACUUACAAAGAGGGAAAACCUUAAAGAAACCAAUCAACUGUUCCAACUCAAUAUACUCCAUCAUUAAGGCAUGUUGUCAGUGGAGACCACAAGACCGAGCUCCACUGAAGGACGUAAUUUCAAUGCUCCAAGUAGCUGAGAGUCAUGCCAAUGACACGGUUGUACUUCAAGCAACUGAGUCACUGGAUAUUGAGAAGUACAUGCAGGAAUCUGGCUACGGAGAGGCUUACAAUUUUGCUGCCCUUUAACACACUUUCACGUGGACAUUUUCAGAGAUGUUGAUCUUCACACAAACUAAAUCCACCUACAGUGAAAUGCAUGUAUACAUUUGUAGUAGUAUAUAUUUAUUCAUUCUGUGUGGGUUGUGGUGUGCUGAGGGGGAGGAGGUGCUGUGGUUGGUGCAUGGCAGACACUGCAAACCAAAAUGAUUUUAACUUGCUAACUUACAUAAACUUCUGUAACAAAUAAGUAGCAUAUAAAACCUGAUUGUAGGAAAUGUCACUUACUCCAUGUUAGAUUCUUGUUUAUAGAACUUAUGUAUAAAUGCAAUUAUAGUAGGUUAUUACUACAGUAUGUUAUUACUGUUACUUUUUGUAAUAUUUCUUAAUUAUGUACAUAGAGUACCAGUCAAAAGUUUGAAAACACCUUCUUCUGUGAUUUUCUUUAUUUUUAUUAUUUUCAACAUCAACAUUGAAGACAUCCGAACUAUAAAAGAACUUUAUGUUAAAUUUGUGUUAAAGUUAUGUAAAAAUACAUAAUACUUUGCACACUCUUGGCAUUUUCUAAAUCAGCCUCAUUUUGUAGUCACCUGGAUGAAGAUUUUCCAACAAUCUUGAGGGGUUCCCAGAGGUGUUGAGUAUAUGUUAGAUGCUUUUCCUUCGCCCUCUGUAGAUCUAACAAAGAAAUGAUGGUUAAAACCAAAAAAUCUUGGACUCAUCAGACCUGAGAUGGACUCCGAGAACUCUGAGAACUCCAAGAAGCAUUUAUGUUUGAGGUUUCUGAGGCUGGUAUUUCAAGUAAACUUAUCCUCUGCAACAGAGCUAGCACUUGGUCUUAUUUUCAUGGGACGGUCCUUAUGAGAGCCUGUUUCAUCAUAGCGUUUGCCGAUUCUGAAAACUGAAUUUGGGGAUUAAGUUCUUGAGAUUUUUCUGAUUGACUCACAUUGCAUUUCUUAAAAUAGUGCUGAACUCUCUUUUCUCUUUACUUAACAAAGAGUUUCUUCCCAUAAUAUUUGUAUAGUUGUAGUAGCACUAAUGGAGGUAUUGACUCUGUACUCGCCCUCUUCUCUGCACAAGACAAUUGAUUGUUUAAAGUGCAUUAAGAAGGCAAGAAAUGUCGCAAAUGAAAUUGACAGGGCAAAAACAUAUUCUGUUUUGUUUCACACUUUUUGUUUACUACAUAAUUUCAUGCGUGUGCUUUCAUAGUUCAGAUGUCUCCAGUAGUAAUGUUAAAAAUAAAACCACUGAAACAGAAGGUGUGUCCAAACUUUUGAAAUAUAAUUGCAAAUCACAAAAUUGAAGUGUUAUCAGCAUUAAAUUGCCAUUAUUUUGAAUAUUUCUGUUUAUGUAUUCAUACAAAGCUUCCAAACUACACAAUUUACAGUCUGGGAAUUGCUGAGCUGAAUCGUUUAACUGAAUCGAUUCGAACGAUUCAGAUGGUUCAAUCUCCUUCAUUUCUAAUGCAUAAUCCAUCCUUGCCUUAUUCAUUAUAUAGAAGCACAGGAAUUGUGUAUCUGACAGUUUUACUUUUGACUGGGAUGUAUUUAUAAUUGUAUUUAAAUCAUUUAAGCUUUAGCGGUGGACAUUUUUUAUUGAGUCAAAUGCACUCGGAGACAGUAAUGUCACUGAACCGACUCUCUAUUUAUUAUAUGAUAUACAGACCAGAAUCGAGUCAAAAUGAAAGAUAAAUAUUUUAAAACCCCGGGCUUGAGUUUCUGUUGUCU